CAGUCCAGCUUUGCAGGGGCCCGACGGAUCUGUCAAAGCUUGGGUCUUCCCACCGUGGGCACUGCUCUCUCCAGAAAAAUCCAUCAGCUCAGUCUGGCUGUCCCUUUACUGCUCCCUCUAGACCACAGGCACAGAAACCUGCUGUGCUGGUAAGAGCUGUUGCCAGGACGGUGCAGAGUGCCAAGCCAAUGGCUGUUGCCAGGGGGAUGCCCAUUCCUGCAAGGCAGCCAGCAAGUGCCAAGUCUAAGAUAUCUGCCAAAGCUCUACCAGCACCACGGAUGGUGGGAAGAAAUGUGGGUCAAAAGGUCAAGGUGAAGGCCCAAACUCCUCCAGCUACUCAAAAACUUCCCGCAAAGCCGCUAAACAUGACAAACAACAAAGAGCGUGAGGAGGAGGAGGAGGUGUCCUACAGGCAGAGGCUGCAGGAGCAGAUGCGACUAAGGGCGCAGGUUAUCAAACAUAAGGAACGGAUGCGAUCUAUGCGGGCCAUAAACAAGAAGCAUCUGCUUCUGGAGCGCUUCCAAACUGAUAGCGCCACUGGACACUGGAACAACCAAAAUCAACAGAAACAGCCGUGCAUUCUGAGAUCUUGCCCUCAAAAGGUUACGCACCAGCAGCCCUUCAGUAAUCCCCCUCGUUGUCUCGCUCUGGAGCGCCAGCCAGAAUUAUAUUCGCUGCCUCCACAGCAGCACCAGUACCAGCUUUUAGUACCCGCACUUCAGCCGCCAUGGCAACGAGCUCCACUGGCUGGAGGGAAUCCAUCAGGCCUUUCAGCAGAGAUGCAGCAUAAUCAGCCUCAUCAGUGGGGCACAGACAGGGUGGUGUUACAGGGGAUGGAGCAAAUCCCAAACCAGAUGAACCAACAGUACAGUAAUGACGAGGCCCAUGCAGCAGAUCGGCGAGCAGUUUGGCGAGGAGGCAAGAGGAUGUUAGAGCAGAGAACUUCUGAGCGGCCUGUUUCCACCAAAAUGGCAGUGGUCAGACAGUUCAGCCCAGGUACUGGAAAUGGGAGCACAAGCUCUGAUCUCACGUUACAGAUGAGUGAAGAGGCUAAAGCAGUGACUGAAAUGAAGGCCAGAAUUGUCACCUUCUCUAUGCCUGAUUCAUCUCCACCUUCAUUUCUAAAUCACGGUCUUAAGCUAAACUGUCUCAAAGAGGAGAGAGGAUCAGGCCCAAACCAGCCCCAGGAAAAGGUGGCUGUCAGGGGAAAUGAACGCGGUGCUUUCAUACCCUUCAGUUCCGGUGUGAGAACAGAGUCUGUUUCUGCUCAAACCUGUGUCAACUUCAUAGUAAGACUGAACCACUGAACCUCUCGGAGAUAAACCCUAUCCAACAGCAUGCUGAGUGUAGAAUAUUUUCAGUGUUCUCCCAGUUUUGCCAACAUUUUUGUUAGGAUGUGAUAUUUGCCCUUUUUUGUGAUUGUUGAAGACAGUGGUUUGGCAGUUGUUUACAGUUUGUUCCUUGGUUUACAGUUUGCUCCUUGGUUUCCAUUAAACACGUACACUACUUGCAUGGUCA